UGACCUGGACGGUGGAAAGGGAUGUCUUUCUCUCAAGGGCUUCAAUUACAACCAGCGAGAUUAAUCAGUUGUUUUGGUCAUUUAUUUAUUUAUUAUUAUUAUUAUUAUUAUUAUUAUUAUUGGAAAGUAUUCUGCAUGGCCGCUCCAUCAGGCGUGUUUCAGGAGAAGUGAGGAUGUCUGAGCUUUGAUAGUUCGAACCUUUGACAACUUCUAGUCAAGAAGUAGUUUAUACUGGAAUUGGUACGAAAACUCAUGAAGUGAUUAAACUAUACAGUUCCUGCCAACAGUCAGCUGUCACUCAGGCUCUUACCCAGCAAGAAGCUCUUGGGGUUGCUACAGGAUAAACAAACAAACAAACAAACAAACAAACAUUUCAGCAGUGUUGGGUGUGGAGAUGGGAAGCCGGACUCCGGUAAUGUUCCUGGUGUUGGUGAUGGUGAUGGUCCUUCAGCUUGUCCCUGAGAGCUCCGAGGGCAGAAAGGGCCGCGGUGGCCGGACUCAGAGCCGCCAGCCCCAGCGGGAGCGGACAGAGACGACCGAGAGCUUCCCGCUGGACUUCACAGCCGUGCAGGACGGUAACGUGGACACGUUCAUGGAGCAGGUGAAGAACCUGGCUCAGUCCCUGUACCCGUGCUCGGCUCAAAAGCUGGAAGAUGACAUGAAGCUUCACUUUUUGGAGAACUCCUCAGUGACCUGCAACGACGGAACACCUGCCGGGUACUACAUGAAGGAGUCACGGGGUAGCAGAAGAUGGUUGCUGUUCCUGGAAGGUGGAUGGUACUGCUUCAACAAACAGAACUGUGACACCAGGUACGACACCAUGAGGAGGCUGAUGAGCUCUACCAGGUGGCCUCUGACACGCACAGGUACAGGGAUUCUGUCUCCUCAGCCAGAGGAAAAUCCACAUUGGUGGAAUGCAAACAUAGUAUUCAUCCCUUACUGCUCCAGUGAUGUGUGGAGUGGAGCCUCACCAAAGACUGACCAAAAUGACUAUGCAUUCAUGGGAUCCCUGAUCAUUCAAGAGGUUGUGAAGGAACUCCUGACAAAAGGGCUGGAUAAUGCAAAAGUCCUCCUGCUAGCUGGGAGCAGUGCUGGAGGCACAGGAGUUCUGCUGAAUGUAGACCAUGUGGCUGAGCUCCUGAAGAGUCUGGGGCACAACUCGAUUCAGGUGCGAGGGCUGGCUGACUCCGGAUGGUUUCUGGACAACAAGCAGUACCGCUGUACGGAUUGUGUGGACACCAUCGGCUGUGCCCCAACUGAGGCAAUCAAAAGGGGCAUCAGGUACUGGGGCAGUACUGUACCUGAGCGCUGCAGACUGGCUCACAUAGGAGAAGAAUGGAACUGCUUCUUCGGCUAUAAAGUCUACCCUACCCUGAAAAGUCCUGUGUUUGUGGUGCAGUGGUUGUUUGACGAGGCUCAGCUGACCGUUGAUAACAUUCAUCUUACGGGGCAGCCGGUGCAGCAAGGCCAGUGGCGUUAUAUCCAGAACCUGGGCAUUGAGCUCAGGAACACCCUCAAAGAUGUCCCGGCCAUGUUUGCACCUGCCUGUUUAUCACAUGAGAUUAUCACAAGAAAUUACUGGAUGGAUGUGCAGGUGAAGGGCACGUCUCUGCCUCGUGCUCUGCAGUGCUGGGACCGCAGCCUCCAGAACAGCCUCCGUAACAACAGCAGUCAUCGCGCUCCGCCUCGUGCAUGCCCACUGCAUCUGAUCGACAGCUGCCCAUGGCCUCACUGCAACCCGACGUGCCCUACAAUCCGAGAUCAGCUGACCGGACAAGAAAUGAGUGUUAUCCAGUUCCUUACUCAUAUGGGCUUUGACGUGCAGCGCAUGGCACAGCAGCAGGGUAUGGAGGCCAGUACGCUACUGGGCAUGCUCAAUAAUGGCAACUGAGCCAUGUACACAGAAGCUGAAGGAAACUACACACACACAUUUACAUUACGUUACCUUACCAGUGUAUGAGUUAAGCAACAAAAUGUCAGUAUGAACUGAAACGUCUGUUGUAAGUGAAAGAUAUUUGCAGCCUAUUAACAAGGAUGUGAAUUCAUUCAUUUUCAAGGAAGAUGGAGCAUCUGUAGCGCGUGUGUGUGUGUGUGUGUGUGUGAGAGAGAGAGAGAGAGAGAGAGAGAGAUUAUCAGACAAUUAAAAAAAAAAUACAGUACUGAGAAAAGGGCAAAUUAAACCCCUGAAACUCACUUAAAGUCUUAGGACAGUUGCAGUCACCAUCAAUAAAUGUUUCAAACACAUAACUAUACAACUCCAAAUCAAGACUCCCAACUGUUGCAUUCAAACGACAAAGAAAGAAAGUUUACUAAAGCCGUUCUUGGAGUUUUAUCCAAUUCUACAACUCUGGAACAACACGAUGGAAAAAGUUGGAAUUGAAGGUUUUGUGGUGUCCAAGCACCAUCCCACAAAACUGGUCCCAACACCACAAACAAAGCUCUAAAUUUUACAAUUGGUUUGAAGAUUUUUCUCAUCUCAUUAUCUGUAGCCGCUUUAUCCUGUUCCACAGGGUCGCAGGCAAGCUGGAGCCUAUCCCAGCUGACUACGGGCGAAAGGCGGGGUACACCCUGGACAAGUCGCCAGGUCAUCACAGGGCUGACACAUAGACACAGACAACCAUUCACACUCACAUUCACACCUACGGUCAAUUUAGAGCCACCAGUUAACCUAACCUGCAUGUCUUUGGACUGUGGGGGAAACCGGAGCACCCGGAGGAAACCCACGCGGACACGGGGAGAACAUGCAAACUCCACACAGAAAGGCCCUCGCCGGCCACGGGGCUCGAACCCGGACCUUUUUGCUGUGAGGCGACAGCGCUAACCACUACACCACCGUGCCGCCCCUGGUUUGAAGAUUUUUAUUUAAAAAAACCCCGAUGUCCAGCAUGGUGGUGUAGCAAUUCUAUCCUCUUUUGAUUGAGCUCUGAUUACUGUUGGUGUUGAGUUUUCGGUCUUUUUUUCGUGUGCGUCUGUGAGGUUUGUCUGGAUUCUCUGGCUUCCUCCCAAAACCAUGCUGGUACCGUAGGUCUGUAGAUUAGCUGUGAUAAAUUGGCUGUGUGUGUGAACAGUGCCCUGAGAUGGACUGACAUCCCAUCCAGGAUGUAUUCCCACUUCUUCGUGCCCAGUGUUUCUGGAAUAUAGCCUACUGCAAAGAGAAUAUACUGAAAAUGAAUGAAAGACUGAAGUUUUUCCCCCCUCCCCCCUCUUUACUGACUUCCAUUGUAAGUGAGUUUGAAUGAACAGCUUUUCUCAGUACAGAAAAAUCCUUGUCUGUUGUAAUCACACAAACUUUACACUACAGUUGAUCAGGUUGCAUGAUCUUUCUUCUUUUUUUCCCCCUUUGUAUUUCUUUUCUGAGGAUAUACAGAGUCUGUGUUUUAACCGAGGAUGCAAAAUCCCCACUGAAACGUACAUAAUGUGUAUUUGCAUAGCUAAAAUGUUUAAUGGGACGGGUAACCCUCCAGCUCUCCAGACCUCACUGUUUCGAAGCCAUGUGGAGGUAGUUUCACUGUAACAAUAAGCUUUUUUUUUUUUUUAAGACGCCCCCUACUGGUGCCUCAAGCAAACUGCAGCAAGGGGUCUUUUCAUUGUAUCUCAAAAUGUCAAACUGGGUGGGGUUUGUGUGUUGUGGGUCUUUUUUUUCUUUUUCUCCUCCUUUAACCUUUGACUCUUUAGUGCUUUGGAUUUUGACAUGUACAGCAGGACCACGGCACCAUAAGAUGAGCUGGACUGUUGAAGCCCUGUGGUGCUACAAGAACCUUUUUUUAAAAUUAGGUUGUCAUUUUAUAUAGCACUUUUUUUUUAUUUUAAAGUUUCAUACCAGUCUCUCAGAACUGUAUAAGGAAAUGACCUGGUUUCCUCAGGAUGAGCCAGUGUUCGCUCCACCAGAGGAAGGAAGAGACUGCUAACACAGGAGGCGCUGCUCACCCAACAUGAGCUCAUGGGCAUUUUUAUUAUUUUAAAAUUUUUUUUAUUUUGGAUUUUAUUAUUAUUUUAGAGAAACACACGUGCUAUUCUCAAAGAACAAAGAUUCAGCUUUUAAACUCCGUCAUUUUGUAACGUUCUUAAAGAGAAGAUAAGCUUAAGUAACACUGAUGAAGUUAUCUAUUUAUUUUAUUUUGUGAAUCAUAUUUAUGAGUAACUGAGACAGAGAAGAGAUUCUUUGUAAGGUGUACAUACCUUUUCACUUUUUU